AAGAGUCCCGGUGCAGCGCUGCAAUCAGCGCAGCGCACAGGGAGCGUGUCUGCAGCGCGUGCUCCUCUGCUCAGGAAGUCAGGAGUCAACGAGGAGGCCAUUCAACUCCAAUUAAGGAAAUCAGACCGGACAGGGGCCAAAGCUCCGCUCCAAUCAGCACCAGAGGUCAUCGGGCAGCGGCGGCGGCCCGGGACCUUCAUCAUCAUCAUCAUCGUCGUCCUCUUCGGCCUGAGGACAGGACUGCACCGAGGGACUGAGCUCACACAGAGAAAUAUGAAAAUCCCCCGAAGUCUCCAGUUUGGUUUGGGGGACUUCCCAGACAGUCCAGUCUCUAAUCCAGCUCUGAUUAGCUGAGCGUCUACCUGCAGAUCAGACACCUGUGAGAAGUAAAGCGGCCAAUUUAGCUGCUUGGAGGCGCAACACCUGAACUGUCUGCAUCAGAAGUUCCAAUAAAGAUGAACAGAUGAACACAGAGGAGAAGAAGAAGAGGAAGCAGCGCAGGAACAGGACCACCUUCAACAGCAGCCAGCUGCAGGCUCUGGAGAGAGUGUUUGAGAGGACCCACUACCCCGACGCCUUCGUCAGGGAGGACCUGGCCCGCCGCGUCAACCUCACUGAGGCCAGAGUCCAGGUUUGGUUUCAGAACAGGAGAGCGAAGUUUCGCAGGAACGAGCGUGCCAUGCUGGCCAGCAAAAACGCCUCGCUCCUUAAGUCGUAUUCAGGAGAUGUGACGGCAGUGGAGCAGCCCAUCGUCCCACGUCCCGCACCGCGCCCAAAUGACUACCUGUCCUGGGGCAGCGCUGCUCCCUACAGCUGGUAUCCAAUGCCGGAGGGGGGGCCAGUGCGGAUGCCACAGAAAAUGCUGCCCUCAGAGAACAACGCCAUGGCAACCUACCCGCCCACCUGCUCCAACACUAACACGUCCCAGGGAAUGAACAUGGCCAACAGCAUCGCCAACCUGCGGCUCAAAGCCAAGGAGUACAGCUUGAAUCAGGUGCCCACGGUCAACUGAGAGGAGGGGAGGCUGGGGGGGGGAGAGGCUCGCGGAGACGGGGAGGGGGGCCGUCUCUGCUACUGGACCCCUGCAGACUGACACCGUCUCUGGAGCCUCAGUGGUGUUUCUACACCAAAAUGUUGGACACCGAGUGAUGUCAGGAGUUUCCCUAAAUCGCCUUUUUUCAUCCUCCUGACCAUCACCGAACUCUUGUUUGUACACAAAGACAUCUAGACUGGAUGCUGUAGCCGAAUAUCUGCGUAGUUUUUCAUUUGUCAAAGUGACUGAAAUGAAUUUUUAAAAAUAAUUGUACUGUUCUCGAUGGAGGCUCAUGUACGGACUACGUGGAUUUCCCUUUUUGUCCCUUUGGCUGUGGUGUUGGAGUAAAUUACAGACCAGAUCUGGGAUCAACGACUUUCUUCUUUUUUUUUUUCCCAUUUUAAAACCAACAAAAACCCACAAGGACUUCCUUUGACAUUUACGCAAUUUUUUUUAAGAUAAUUUUGUUUUUUUCCACAUUUCUUUCCAUUUUAUACCACUGACGAGCAAACAUGUUCAUCGCAUUUUGAAUUUCAUGUUAUAGUCCAAUAUAAAGGAGAGGCUGAUGUAUUUCUGAAUCCAAAAACAGUAGAUUCUCUAAAUGUCCUAUGAUAACCUUUAUUUGUAACAGAAUAAAAACUUGUAUA